GCCAGUCCGUCCUCUGAUUCCAGGCAGGAUGAGAACAGCGCUGCUCAUUGUUUUCCUGCUUCCUGCUCUCGCUCCGGCGGCUCCAGGGGGCGAGGACCUGGUGGUGUCUCUGAAGACCGGUCGGAUCAGAGGGGACUACGUGACGGUGAAAGGCAGUGACAGGCGGGUGAAGCUGUUCCUGGCCGUGCCCUUCGCCCAGCCCCCCGUGGGGACCCUCCGCCUGGCGGCCCCUCGGGACGUGGAGCCCUGGGAGGGGGAGCGGGACGCCACCCGACAGCCCAACAUGUGCAUCCAGGACCCGGAGCUGGUGGUCAGCGUGUCCAGGACCAUGUCGAUGAGCUACAGCCCCCCCGAGGUGUCCGAGGACUGCCUGUACCUCAAUGUGUACACUCCGGCUGACGCAGCAGCCGGGGCCAAGCUGCCGGUGUUGGUGUGGAUCCACGGUGGAGGCCUGUCGAUGGGUGCAGCCUCUCAGUACGACGGUUCUCCGAUGGCUGCAUAUGAAAACGUUGUGAUUGUAGUCAUCCAGUACCGACUCGGCAUUCUGGGAUUCCUCAGCACCGGGGACGAGCACGCUCAGGGUAACUGGGGCUUCCUGGACCAGCUGGCGGCCCUGAGAUGGGUUCAGGGGAACAUCGAGGCGUUCGGGGGCGACCCACAGUCCGUCACGGUGGCCGGAGAGUCUGCAGGAGGCAUCAGCGCCUCCAUCCUGACUCUGUCUCCGCUGGCUGCCGGCCUGUUCCACAGGGCCAUCUUCCAGAGCGGGGUCGCCACACUGGGAACCUACACGACACGCCAUCCUGAGGCCCACGCUGAGGUCGUCUUCAGCCUGACGGGAUGCGAAGGCGGCAGCACGCAGGACAAGGUUCUGUGUCUGAAGACCAAGAGUCAGGACGAGUUAGUGACGGCAACCAAAAAGAUGAAGAUCUUCCUGGGAGCCGUGGUGGACCAGCAGUUCCUCAUGGACACGGCAGAGGAGCUGCUGCAGAGGAAGGAAGUGCUGAAGGUCCCGGUGAUGCUGGGAAUCACCAACCACGAGUUCGGCUGGAUCCUGCCUCAGAACUUCGCUCCCCCUGGUUGGGAAAAAGGCAUGAGCAGAGAUUCAGCGCUGGCUGUGGUGAACAUGUUCAACCCUGCAGGGGUUCCGGCGGCUAACGGCCUCAUCGCAGACGAAUACCUGAAGGACGCCACGACUCCGGAGCAGGUCAGGGACGGCUUCACCGAGAUCAUGGGAGACCUGCUGAUGACGCUGCCCGUGGUCAAGGUGGCCGGAUACCACUCAGAUGCAGGCAUCGACGUUUACCUGUACGAGUUCGUGUACGAGGCGGCGAUUCACAAAGCCAGCCGACCGGACUUCGUCAAGGCGGACCACGCCGACGACGUCGGCUUCGUGUUCGGCGGAUGUUUCUGGAACGGAGAGAUUAAGAUCAUUGGAAACGUCACGUCGGAGGACGAGCAGGUGUGUCGGACCAUGAUGGCGUACUGGGCCAAUUUCGCCCGCAGUGGCUCGCCGAACGGCCCCGGCCUGGUGAGCUGGCCUCGGUACGACCAGGACAGGCAGCAGUACAUGGAGCUGGGCCAGAUUCAGGAGGUGAAGCAGAGGCUGAGGGGCGGCCGGGUCCACUUCGCCACCGUCACCCUCCCUCAGACGCUGGCGCAACUCGCCGCCAAAGCUGGAAACUGAUCCCUGAAAGGAGCCCUUCACUCAGCCGAACUCACUGAUCGU